AUGGACGUCACAUCACGGCGGAUACACGUUCCGCCGCCGAACAGCCGUCGUUCUCCUCCAGAAUCCUGGAGCAUUCCGAUGAGUGCGCUUCUGAGGAAGGCUCACGGCGACGUCCUGCAACUGGAAGACCUGCCGUCGGUCAACGAGAAGCACAAGUCCACUGUUCUAAUGAGAGGCCACAAAUGGAGUGGGAAGAAUGAGCUGGUCUCACUUCAGACCUUCUUGCAGAAGACGAGAAGCGGAUAAUCGUUUCGCUGGUGAUGAAGUUCUGGAAGACUUUUGCUCUGGCUUCAUUCUUCCGUCUUUGUUCCAUUUUCGCCGAUUUCGGAUCUAUUCUCUUGCUCAAGUACAGUUAUUGAGCAAAUUUAUCAACUUCUUUUCCUCUUCAAGAUAUCUCAUCGACGCCACUGAAAGUUCGGCCUCGCUUUUCACAUUUUUCAUCAUUUCGGUUCUCAUUUUGUUCUUCAUUCUACUGAAAAGCGUGUCUUUUGGUUUGAAAUGCUUCUAUUUAGUUUUAAAUUACGACUGUCCAGGCAUCCAUACGUACCUCGUGUCUCAAGACAGCACACUCGUCGGCGUUGUUCUGAACAGUUUGAUCGUGAAAAAGGUCAGUCUUUCUUGCGUUAACUAAAGCUCAUUCUUUGGUCAGAGCUUGAGUUUAUCGGCAGCCUCAGAAAUCUGGACGCCAGCCAAGGUGACGAAGCUGGUCGCAACGCAUUCCGAGGCCAUCUCUUCGGCACUUAUAUUUGUUCACCACUCUUGGGCGUCAGCUAUAGAAGUUUUUUGAAAAAAAUGUGAAUACAUCAAAGUUUUUUCAGUUGACUAUCGUCCUCAUUUGGAUUUGGGAAACUCUCGGCACGCAGACUAUAUUGGGCGUCGCCCUCGUCACCGUUCUUUUCAUGUCCCUAAACCUGGUUGUCACAUCCUACUAUAGAAAAUUCCAGGUCUCUUCUAACAUUUUGAGGCUUCAAGAACAAUCUUUUCAGAAGCAGCAAAUGGUGAAACGAGAAGAAAAACUUGAUAUUCUGAAAGAAACUUUGUCUUCGAUCGAGGUUAUCAAGGUGUUCACUUACGAGCAAGCCUUCAUAGGACGGUUGCUCAACGCAAGGAAUUCAGAGGUUGCUUUCCAGUAGUUCUCGCGAAUAUUUCUCUUCAGAUGAAAUAUCUGCGAUUCACUAUGCUCGUCAACCGUUUGAUGCAUUCUUUCAACACUUCCGCUCCUUUUUUGGUGCUUUCCCUUUCUUUCGAGCCUCCAAGAAUACUUUGCAGGUGAUGAUGGUGAGCUUCACAACUUACGGCAUCUUGGCCAACAUCGACGACCUUCGGUUCGAAGACGCCUUCGUCAUGAUCGCCAUCUUCAACUACAUGCGUCGCCCCCUCGCUACGAUUCUGCCCUCUCUGCAGUUUCUCAGCAACGUCCGUGAAAAAAAUUCAGCAGAAUCAACCAAAAUUUCAGGCUUUUUACUCCGCCGCGCGCAUCAAUGCUUUUUUGAACUUUCGACAGUCUCCUAACUUGGUUCCGAGCUCUAGAGCAUCUGAAAAAGUUGGGAUUCAUCUUGAAAACGCGUACUUCUCUUGGGAUGACAGUCGAGAUCAUUUAGAAGAUGUGAGUUUGGAAUAAUUCUUCUGAAAAAAAAAAACUUGGUGAUUCAGGUCAACUUUGAGGUCAACCAAGGCGAAGUCCACUCUAUAAUCGGCCUACCAGGGUCCGGUAAAACUUCGUUACUUUUUGCGAUUCUUGGUACAUUCCUUUUCUGAGCCAGUUGAGUUUUUCGAGAUUCCAGGAGAGCUGAAAGUGACAAAAGGUUUGCGGAAAGUGAGCGGAAAACUUGGUUUCGUUCCAUAUCAGCCGUUCGUCUUUGCCCAGACAGUCAAAGCCAACAUUUUGUUCGGCAAUCCAUACGAGAAGCCUCGUUACGAUGCGGUUCUCCUCAUCUUUUCAUAUGAAACUAUCGAAAUUUGAAGGUAGUGUCGGCGUGUGAUCUCCGAAAGGAUAUCUUCGCGUUUCCACGAUGCGAAGCGACGGUUGUUGGAGAGAAAGUCGGAAGAGAGCAAGUCCAAACAGAAAAAGUUCAAAUUCAGGGUUUUCCAUUGACUGAAACUCAGAAGGCGCAAAUAUCUCUAGCAAGAUGCCUCUACGACGUCAGUUGUCUUUACUGAUUUUUUGUUUUAUUCCGAAUUCAGGAUCCUGAAAUUCUCGUUCUCGACAAGCCGUUUGCAACGAUGGAUAGAGCGACAGCAAAAAGAAUCUAUCAAAGAGUAAAUUGGAAAGAAACGGAGUAAACGGAAAGAGUUCAGCUUUUUGCCGAUGACGGACUUCUCAAAUCGAAGACCGUCGUCUGGGCUACAAGCAACACUGAUUUUGCGCAGAGAGCCACUAAAAUUCAUCUUUUUGACGGUACAGUCAGGAUAAACAGCAUACAUUCUUGAAAUGGAAAGUACAGGAGGUAAAAUUGUGAAAAGCGGCAGUUUGGACGACGUUUGUCACAGCGAAGUGUUCAAAGAACUCGAAAAAAGACACGUCGAGGAGCAUCAUCCGCCGCCGAGUCUCCUCGAGUCUUCUUGUCAGUUUGAAAAAGAAGGAUUCUGAAAAAAAGAGACUUGCAGCCGUGCGAUCGAAGAAGAAAAAGACAGUCAUGUUUGAAGUGGAAAAGGCGUCUGAACGUAAGAGACAGGAGGUUUUCCCACCAGUUCAGGUGACAUCUCCAAUGUUCUAAAACUUAUUUGAAGUUUUCAAGUCUCCUUGGAAAAACCUCUACAUUUACUACAUAAAAUGCUUUUCGUGCCAAAUGCUCACGUGUAUGGUCUCUUUUCUGAUCUUCCGUUACUUUGUCCAGGUUUGGGGAACAAGUUUCAGUCCAGGCUACCGGGAUUUUCGAGGCGACGACGUUUUUCUGGCUUGCCUACUGGCUAGAGCCGAAAUCUCGAGAAGCCGUUUGUCCUGGCUGUACUCAGUUCACUUUCCUCCAAAUCUUCUGCAUUUUGGCUCUCACCGCAGGUAAUCGUUCCUUCUUUUUCUGAGCCUCCUUCGAUUUCGUCAAAAGAAAAUGAUAGAUAGAGAAAUCAAUGAGAAGCUUUCUAUAUGUAGUUUCAAACGGUGAGUGUUCUUCAAAAUAAGUUGGAAUUUUCCAAAAUGAUUAUGUUCAACUAGUCGGUAUAUUUUUAUUAUAGAGGUUACAGUUCAGAUUAGUUUGAAGAAGAUUUGCUGUCUUAGUUGCCUUGAACGCGUGCGCCUACUACUUCUCGAUCAUCGGCAACAUCAGAGCGUCGAAGAAGAUGUUCCACGACGUCGUCGAAGCGAUUUUCCGUCUUCCAUACGUCUACUUUGAUGAAAACACUAGAGAAAGCAUCUUGACCAUCAUGACGACAGUUCGACCAUUUUGCAGGCUUCAAAUUUUUCUUUUUGUUCAGAAUUUAGAUGAGAGUGACGUCGUCUUUCCUCUUUACGCUCGUUUUUUCAUCGAAACCGUUCUCAACGUAAGUCUCAGAUAUUUAAAUUCCGUCAGAUGGUUUUCAGAUGCUGAUGAUCGUGGCGAUAGUCGUGGCCAACAUGCCCAUUUAUACAAUCUUCGUGAUAGCAUUUGCACUCUUCUACUUCUUCAUGCUGGUAUGAAAACAUAACCUUCAUCAAAAAAAGAGGCUUGCAGAAAUUUUUCCUUCCAUCUCUGCACAAAAUUCUGAACGUCGAGAAACAAGUGCACAGAUCGUUCUUGUGCUCCAUCGCACAAAACUUUGAGAGCCGCAUGAGUAUUCGCGCCUUUCGGAAAGGUUAUUAGAAAAGACUUCGACGUAUCUUUCUUGAUAGGCGAAGGAGACUCUACUGACGGCCUACGAAGAGAUCGACAGACUCACGCGAAGUCGUCUGGCUCAACUUUCGGCUUUUCGCUGGCUCUCGUUCCGUCUCGAGCUUGUCGCCAAUCUCAUGGUCGUUCCAGGAAAAAGCUAGAGUUUGACAAUGGCCUUUCAGAUCUUCUCUUGCUUGGUGAUGGCCUCUAUUUGCCAGGCGUUCGGCGUCUUGUCUGCACCUCGAUUCGCCUUAUCCGUUGCUUCCAUCCUCUGUGUGAGAAUUCACGACGACUUCAACAGCUUUGAGCCUAACUUCAGCUCUCCGACCUCGUGACGUCAUCUCUUCGGAUUCUGUGUCACGUCGAAACCAGCGCGCAGGCUGUUGACCGCGUCUCACAAACUGAAAACUUCCCCAGAGAAGUGAUCGUAGAUUUUUAUGGAAAUUACGAUUUCAUACUACCAACACUCAACAGCCACAAAAAAAUAUUAAGAAUAAAAAUUUUUUCUAUUCAAAACCUUCAUUUCUAAUCAAAUAUGAGACUAUUAAACUUCCAGCAAACGUAUUCGGAAGAAAAAGAAAGCGAACAUUGGCAACCUGGCAGCGCCAUCGAAGUUGAAAAGUGAGUAUGUGGAAUAAAAUAGAGGAAAAAUGGAAAAUUUAGCCUGAACGUGUUUCUGAAAAAGGAGAAGCAUGUUUUGAAAGACGUGACAAUGAAGAUCGAGGCUGGAGAGAAAGUUGGGAUGAUCGGAAAGUACGGCGCAGGUGAGAUGGUUAUUUUUAGUGAAUAAGAUCAGAAAUAAGUUCUAUGAGUUCUGACUUAAGAGACAUCUGAAGAUAGCAAAAGCUUUUGAGAAAAAAAGCUCAAAAAGCGAAUUGAAUAAGUUGCAUCCUCGUCUGGAACAUUUUGAGCUACAAGUUCAAACGGGAAUAUAUCCAGGAAAAUCUUCCUUCAUCUACUCCUUGGUCCGAAUGAACAACGCGGAUGAUGAAAGCAUCAUCCGCAUCGACGAAAUCGACAUCAGCAAGUACAGCACCUCGGAGCUCCGAACGAAGAUCACCAUCGUUCCACAGGCAUUCCUUAUUGACUUUCCGAGAUUCAGCCUUCUUUUGCAGAAGUUGAUGGUGUUCAGCGGGACGAUCCGCUUCAAUAUCGACCCUCUGUAUCAAUUUGCCGACAGCGACCUUUGGCUUGCACUUGAAGCAGUGCAUUUGAAGCGUUUUGUCCAAGAUUUACCCAAAGGACUCGACCAAGAGAUCACAGAAGCGGAUCUUAGGUUUCAUAAUCCUUGUAAAUUGGACUGUUUCGCAUCAGCCUCGAAACAUUUUUUGAAAAAACCACAAUUUUGGUACUCAAAUAUUUUGACUAGAUGGUUUUGAACAAAAAAAAAUGUGGAAUCAGCAAUUCCGAAAACGAAAUAUGGGAUUGAUUAUAUAAUUUCAAAACGGAACUUCGUUUCUUGAUUAAAAUAAUUUUGAAACUCGCAAACUGCAGUUUGGAACAACGGCAGCAAAUCAACGUGUGUCGCGGACUUCUGAGGACCGGCUGCCAGAUUUACGUGUUCGACCAGUCGAUGGAGUUCAUGGGACAAUCACUGCGACAUCUUCUGAACGAAGUGACGGCAAAGAACGUCCAGAUCACGAUUCUCCUUGCAGACGAUCCAGGAGAUGUUGCGGCCGACGACGGUCAUCUCCAUCACGGAAGACCUUGAAGACGUCGCCGACGCGGACCGAGUCGCCGUCUUCGACGAAGGCUGCCUCGUCUGCCUCGAUACGCCGCAGAUCGUCGCUCAACUCAACGCCGAAGCCGAAAAGACCUUGUGA